GUGUGCCCACAGCGCUCAAAGCACCGGAGGUCUCCACCUUUCCCAUCGUGAGUUUAUAGUUUAGUUUCCGCGUACUCAACCGCCGGUCAACAGUCAUUAUCGCGAUAUUACGAUAGUGAUAGGGGGAGUGAGGGAAUUUUUUAAAUCAGUUUUGACGUGACACCUGUUGGAUAAUUUAACGAGAGACUGGAGGAGCCUGGGAGAUACGACCUUGUGCUUCUCGUUGGAGGGUGGCGGGGCUCCAGCACAGAGGGACAACAAUGCGGAACUAUCCCCUAACAUCACGUGCUGGAUGUACGGCCUCUUCGAUGAGAGCAGACUGCCGUCGAACGGGGGCACAGGUGUCGAUGGUCUCACCAGGUAUUCCGAUGAUCAAAUGGUCGAUGAUACCACCAAUAAUCAUCGAUCUCUGAGCCGCAUUUUGUGUAUCAAUAGCUACGAUACGAGAGAUACUGCGGAAGUGAAUAAGAGUGAGAUAAACAAAGUGACUGACAGUAGGCCGACUGACGGCCUGGAUCAACUGUUGAAUUUUCAUCGCACAAAUAAUAACAAUAAUCGAGAGAUGGUGGCACAAGACAUGGCCCAGAGCUACAAUCAGCUCUUCCAUGCUGCCCAAGAGCCACAGGAUUUUGUGUCACUCGAGGAGCUCAGGCCGCAAGUACAUCAUGGCCAGAAUGUCGUUGUAGCUAGUGGUACACAUAUUUAUCUCAAUGAGCGGGAUAAUGAGCAUGGACUGCGGACUUAUUUCAAUCUCGCUACACUUCCAAAUGAAAUCCGAACCCAGAAUGCAGGAAUCGAUGGAGACAAAUCCCUAGCACCCACCUCAGUAUCCCCAAUCUCUCCACCAGCAAAAACAGAACUAAUAGCGGAAUCGAAUGAACAAAGCCACCAUCAGGGAGAUAAACCCUCUAACACGUCAGUAAUGCACAUUGGCCAGCAGCCAGCAGCAUCUAGUCAUCGAAAUCACCACCACCAGAGACAUCAUCACAAGCAGUUUCAGAAAAGUGACUCUGGGAGUGAACACCCCAGCGACUACUCACCGGGCUCCAGAAAAAGAAAGCUCUCGAGUCAGGAUGAGAGUGAUAUCCUGGACGAUGCCACAGACGACGCUAAGUCCACGCGAACAAAUACCGACAGCAAAAAACAAAAUCACAGUGAAAUUGAAAAGCGACGGCGUGACAAGAUGAACACCUACAUAACCGAGCUAUCAUCGAUGAUCCCAAUGUGUCACGCAAUGUCCCGAAAACUGGACAAAUUGACGGUCCUCCGAAUGGCUGUGCAGCACCUGAAAACUAUCCUCGGAGCAGUUACCUCGUACUCAGAAGGUCACUACAAACCGGCCUUUCUGAGUGAUCAAGAAUUAAAGACCCUCAUCCUGCAGGCAGCUGAAGGCUUUGUUUUUGUCGUUGGCUGUGAUCGAGGAAGAAUUCUAUAUGUCUCUGAAUCUGUAUCAAAGACACUCAAUUAUUCUCAGAGGGGGAUGCAUGCGUCUCUUUUCCAGGACGAAUUAUUGGGUCAGAGUUGGUUUGACAUACUCCAUCCCAAAGACGUUGCUAAGGUGAAAGAGCAACUGUCGUCCGAGCACAGCCCCCGUGACCGAUUGAUAGACGCUAAGAUGAAAACAGAUGUCCCUCAGGGUGCUACGAGACUCGGUCCAGGUGCGAGGAGAUCGUUCUUCUGUAGAAUGAAGAGAAAAGUCGAUGCCAAUUGUGGCGAGUCUCAAGUUAAAGAGGAAGCUGAUACAACGACCGGGGGACAUAGGAGAAAAAAGCAACAAAAUUCAGAUUGGAAAUACUGUGUGACACAGUGCACAGGCUACCUGAAAUCGUGGGCUCCAGCGAAAAUUGGAGCUGAUCAGGAGCAGGAAGGGGAAGGCCUAGAGGGCGAGAAUUGCAAUCUCUCGUGUCUCGUUGCAGUUGGUAGAGUAACACCGAGUUUACUUGAACUUUCACUGGGUAUGGGAUUACCGAAGCUCAAUACCAUCAUGUUUGUCACACGCUACGCCAUCGACGGAAAAUUUAUAUUUGUCGAUCAGAUAGCAACGCUUGUUCUGGGAUUUUUACCGCAGGAGCUACUGGGGACAAGCAUGUACGAGUAUUAUCAUCACGAUGAUAUUCCACAUCUCGCUGAAUCGCAUAAGACUGCACUCCAGACGACAGACCACAUAACGACCCAGGUAUACAGGUUUAGAGCAAAAACAGCGAGCUUUGUUCGACUGCAGUCUGAAUGGUUCGCAUUUAGAAAUCCAUGGACCAAAGAUAUCGAUUACAUCAUUGCUAAGAACUCAGCGAUAUUUUGUGAUGCAGGACAAGUGGAAAGCAGUGCAGCCCCCAGAUCAGAGGGCUCAAGUGUCCAAGGGAACUACGAUUACUUUGCUCAGAGUAACGGUGGUCUCGAGAGAUUAAUCUCUAGUCAUGUGGAAGUAAGUAAAAUAGGGAGGCGAAUAGCCGAAGAAGUGCUAGAUCAUCAAAGGCGGAAUGAAGACUCCUCAUCAGGCAGUCCACUCCCCACACCUGAUCGUUUCUUGCUCAAUACUGAGAUUCCAACGCCCACGACAACGACUGUUACUUCACCAGAAGCUAUGCAAGAGGGCGAAUCGGGGGUCAAUAGCGACAAUAGUAGCAGUAACACAGCGUCGACGUUCAGUCAUAUCAGAAACAAUGUUCCAUUGAAUAGUAUAGCCAAUGAACAAGUACCUUGUGAUGGAGACCUGUUGGAUGUAAUCGGUGCCUCAGCAAUGAAUGACUCACCAACACCUCUCACCUCAGAUGGCAACGACGAAGCAGCAAUGGCAGUGAUCAUGAGCCUAUUAGAGGCAGACGCUGGCCUAGGUGGUCCUGUUGAUUUCUCAGGUCUACCCUGGCCCCUCCCCUAAUUUGUAUGUAUGUUGUAAAAUCAUAUGACCCCUGACUGUGUGCUGUGUGACCCUGAUAAAUAAUCAAAUAGGGAACAAUUUCUUUUAGUACAAAUUCAACAUAAUCUCAUUAGUUCUUAAGUUAUCAAUUUUUGCAAAUGAAUUUACCAAAGUUGAGUGAUAUUUUGGUGCGAUCAAUACCGUAAGAAUGGUUUUGUCAUUACUUUAGUUAAACUUGAAAAUAAGAUUUUAUUAUUAGUUAUUUAUAUUACGUUUAUGUACAGAUAAAGAAUAAGUAAUUGAAAAAAAACACGAUGCAGGAUUCUUGGUGUCGCUGAUUUAAGUUUUUAACAAUUGUGUCAUUCUGUUUCAUUUAUUUAUUCCUUUCAUCAUUCACUGAAUUUCUUCUUGGAUUUUUUCUUCGCAGGCGUGUCGUCAUCGUCCGAGGCAUUCACUUCAGUCUUGAUGCUGAAAUAAUUCUCCUUUUUACUUCUCUUCACCUGUUCACUAGGCUCGCUCUUCCCGACACUCGACUCACGCUUUAUCCUGAUGUCUACAAACGUAUCAUUAUGUUCACUCGAUUUGAGGCUGUCACUUCGCUUACGUUUCCUCGAGGAGAUGCUUUCCACGUCCGAGGCGUAAGGCUCUUGCUUAAUCUUUAUGUUUG